GUCUUUACCUUCAGAGCUGCCAUCAAGCACAGGAAGAACUUCUCUUAAAAUCUGGGAACCUGCCCACUGAGAGAAAGCAAUUUUACAGACAAGACGAGGAGGUCUUAAACUGUGUACCCCAGAACGUCCUCAAACUCCUCAACUGAAAAUAUGAAGAAGCAAGGCUCAGACAGCAAUCCUGCUCCAGUUUUGCCAGCACUGCCAGAACCACUCAAAGAUCUGAAAAUUAAGUACACCAAGAUAUUUAUAAACAAUGAGUGGCAUGAUUCUAUCAGUGGUAAAAAAUUUGAAGUCUUUAACCCUGCAAAUGAAGAGAAAAUCUGUGAGGUUGAAGAAGGCGACAAGGAAGAUGUAGACAAGGCUGUUAAAGCAGCUAGAAAAGCUUUUGAGUUUGGGUCACCCUGGCGUACAAUGGAUGCUUCAGAGCGAGGAAGACUCUUGAAUAAACUAGCUGACUUAGUUGAAAGAGAUCGGCUGAUUUUAGCUACAAUGGAAGCCAUUAAUGGGGGGAAACUCUUUUCCACUGCUUACCUAAUGGAUUUAGGUGCCUGUAUCAAAACGUUACGCUACUGUGCAGGCUGGGCUGAUAAAAUCCAUGGGCGUACUGUUCCGAUGGAUGGAAACUUUUUUACAUUUACAAGACAUGAGCCUAUUGGUGUGUGUGGCCAAAUUAUUCCGUGGAACUUCCCAUUGGUUAUGUUCAUCUGGAAGAUCGCCCCUGCCCUUUGUUGUGGAAAUACAGUGGUUGUCAAACCAGCAGAACAAACUCCACUGACUGCCCUUUACAUGGGAUCCUUAAUUAAAGAGGCAGGAAUUCCACCUGGAGUUGUGAACAUUGUGCCAGGCUUUGGACCCACCGCUGGAGCAGCAAUUUCCCACCACAUGGAUGUAGAUAAAGUAGCUUUCACAGGCUCUACAGAGGUUGGCAAACUGAUCAAAGAAGCAGCAGGGAAGAGCAAUCUGAAGAGAGUUACAUUGGAACUUGGAGGAAAAAGUCCUAACAUUAUAUUUGCGGAUGCAGACUUGGAUGCUGCUGUGGAAUUUGCACAUAUUGGUCUGUUCUACCACCAGGGACAGUGUUGUAUUGCAGGAUCUAGGAUUUUUGUGGAAGAACCUAUUUAUGACGAGUUUGUUCGCCGGAGCAUUGAGCGGGCAAAGAAGUAUACUCUUGGGAAUCCUCUGUUGCCUGAUGUACAGCAAGGCCCUCAGAUUGAUAAGGAGCAGUUUCAAAAAAUCCUGGAGCUAAUUGAGAGUGGGAAAAAAGAAGGAGCCAAACUGGAAUGUGGAGGAGGUCCAUGGGGAGACAAAGGUUACUUCAUCCAGCCCACAGUUUUUUCUAAUGUUACAGAUGAUAUGCGCAUCGCCAAAGAAGAGAUAUUUGGACCUGUUCAACAAAUCAUGAAGUUUAAAACUAUAGAUGAGGUUAUCAAGAGGGCAAACAAUACUACCUAUGGCUUAGCAGCAGCAGUUUUUACCAAAGACAUUGAUAAGGCACUGACGUUUGCAGCUGCUCUUCAGGCUGGAACGGUGUGGGUUAAUUGUUAUAGUGCAAUGUCUGCUCAAUGUCCCUUUGGAGGAUUUAAGAUGUCAGGAAAUGGACGAGAAAUGGGAGAAUAUGGCCUUCAUGAAUACACAGAAGUUAAGACUGUCACAAUCAAAAUCCCACAGAAGAACUCGUAAUGCUGCUUGAGGUGCAGAAUUAAGCAUCUUCAAAUGAAUCAGAAAAGGCUAUCUGAAUUCUGAAAAGUUCUAUGUCCCAAAUUAUUCAUUAACCUUUUUUGCUUUCUGAUUGUAUAAGAGGUACUUGCUUACAUUAACAAUAUAAAGAAUAACAUAGAAAAUUUAAUGUGACUGAGAAAAAGAAACUUUAAUGUCUGGUACAUAGUUAACUAAUUGUGAAAUUCGUGUUCAGAAGUAACUGUGUUAUUAUCAGUGGAAGGUCUGUGUAGUGCUAUGAAAAUGUUCUUCUUUCAAUAUAUCAUACAGGUACUGUUUGAAUUUGUGUGCUCUUCUAAAUGUUAGAUGGCAAGCUGUCUUUGCAUUUGUUAUUCUUUGUGGCCUUAACAAAAGCACUUAUGAGUAAUUAGCAGAUAGAUACUUUUCUCUUUCAAAAAUAGUAGACUUCUUCGAGAUAUAUGUCUUAGACUACUGAAUUUGUUCAUCAUACUACACAAAUGUAAUCUGGUUAAUAUUAAACAAUAUUAAAAUCCACCUUCAAAACCUAA